AUGCUUCAGGCUCGUAACCCUGUUACUCGCAAAAUCUACCAUAAGAUAUGGUUCCAUCGAGGAAUUUUACAGGAAAACUCAGCCAGACUGGAUUCUACAGACCCCCGGAUCAGCAGCUCGGAUCAGCAGCCAGGACUCAGACUACAGAAAAUGAGAAGCUUGCAUAUUCUCUUUUGGGUGUUCAGUGUGCAUGGUAAAUGGGUAACCACAGAGCCCAGCAUCCCAUCAUGCCCUGUUCAGUGCAGCUGCCUUUCUAAGCAACAUCACAUUAUAUGCUCCAGUGCCAACCUCACAUCACUGCCAACGCCAAUAGCCAAUGACACGGUGGAACUGCACCUACAACACAACAGUUUCCCACUUAUCCAUAAUAGUUUUGUGCGAGACGUACCGGAGCUGAAAGGUCUGUACUUGAGCAACUGUAACAUAAGCACUAUCCAAACUGGUGCCUUCCAAGACGUUACAGGUAUUCAGUAUCUGUAUCUGGACAGGAAUCAGCUGACGGAUCUAGAGAUGAGCACAUUCAGCAAUCUGAGCCGCCUGUCAUAUCUACACCUGGAGAACAACAGGAUAGGCUUCUUGCGCCCAGGUCUGUUUUCACCACUAAAGAAACUCGUGGCCUUGUACCUUAGCCACAACUUUCUGUCUGAGCUGCCUGAUGGAGCCCUAAAGGGUUUGGGACAAUUACGUUGGCUGGACCUUGGCUUUAACCUUCUCUCCAACAUAUCCUCCCAGGCACUUUCUGAAGUGAGCUCGCUACGCAAAUUGAACUUAGAGAUGAACAAUCUCACUGGUGUUCCAAGUUCCCUCCGAUCUUUAAGUGGUCUACAGAUGCUACGAUUGAGUGGUAACUAUAUCAGAAAAGUAUCCUUGGGUAUGUUUAGCAGGAAGCAGAAGUCCAUCACUGAGCUUUAUCUAGAUAAUAUCGGCCUGGAGAAAGUGACUAGCCUUGCUUUUAUCUACUUACGUAUGCUGGAUGUGCUUGAUUUGAGGAAUAACAGCCUAGUAGCACUUCCAGUAUCCAAUCUGAAAACCUUUACAAAGCUCUACCUUAGUGGCAACCCCUGGAACUGUGAUUGUUCCAUUAUUGAACUUCAUACACGACUGCAACUGAAAAAAAUAGGAGAUGCCAAUGAGCAAGCAAAAUGUAACAAUCCAAAGGCCCUUGAAGGACAAAGCCUGGUCACUAUAAAACUGCAGAAGCUCACUUGCCCAGCUUAUAAAGAAGAUAUCAUAACAACUCAAGCACCAACAGCUCAAAAAGACAGGACAUCACCCAAGCCCUCCAACCACUUAGUAACAGCUACACACCAAGGCUCUUCAAAAAUGUACAAAACAACCCGUCCAAGUGUUUUAAUGCGCUCAACACCUGGGGACCUAGAAACAGCAUACAAUUUGUGGGAUCCUUGUCUUGCUGACCAGAUCUCCAACGUCUUGGUAAAUUCCAUUGAAGAGAAAUAUCUGGAAAUCUCAUGGUCCCAGUCUGGGGAUUAUAACCAGUUUGAAGUGCGUUACACUACCGGGACAAACACAAAUAAGCUACACAUCAUUGGGAUCCCAACAAAUGUCCGCCUCUACAACUUAAACCCUGGCUCCAUUUACACAAUCUGUAUUGUGCCCCAGAAUGUGGACAUUGUAAAAUGCCAAGUGCCAAAAGCAAGGCAGUGUACUACAGCACAGACUAGUGCCAUUCAUGAGCAAUCGCAACCUGUACAAACUCCAUCUCAGUCAAACUCUUCCUUUGUUACCACUGGGGUAUCCAUAACUGUGGUGGUAUUGGUGGUAGCUGCCAUCUUUGCAGCCUACGUCUUACGCAACCGCAGCAUUAAGUUCCAACGUUACUACAAUGAGGAUGCAUCAGAGGGUGGUGGGAAACAGCAGUCUGACCCAUACAAGUUUGACAGCAUCUAUGAGAAUAUUGAUGAUGAUAGACACUUGUAUGUCAUGGCAUCAAACCUGUGGGGGAUGGACAAUGAUAAGCUUGACUGCAGUUUGGCAGAGUCGGUACCCAUGCCCUCAGUUCCUAAAUACAAUACAACCUGAUGUCCGCAAAAUUACUUGUAUUGUAUAUGUUUUUUUUAUAAACAAUUAAUUGGUUCAUAUUGUCUCAUCUGUACAUGAAAUGGGGGUAACUGUGUAACUUCCUGAUAGGCUUCAAUGUUGUUGUGUUUUUUUUUUUUAUAAGAAUGACAGCUAUGUCUAUGUCAACAAAUUUUUAGCUUGUCUCAGAAAACAGAUGAGGACCAAGAAAUGCUAAAAUUAUUCUUUAUCUUAUGUGUGAACAUUGGAAGGCAAAAUAUGUUUUUCAAUCCGAUCUUGUAUGUGUUAUCUGGACAAAGAGAGGCUGCUCCUGGGGCUGUAACUCCCUAUAGAACAAAUGAUAUCGUUGUUUGUACCCCUUUCUGCAUAAGUUAUCAAAGUGCCAUAAACUACAGCUGCGUGUGCCAUAUGCAACACAAAAUGGAGGCUAAACACAAACUGUAACUUCCUAUAAAAGGUUUAAUUAAAGCGACAUAAAAGGCAA